AUGAUGAAUCAAAUAAGGGAUAUUCUCUCUAAGGCAAAACUAGAAGUUAUCGAAAAUGAGAAAUUUCUGAGCCUUAUUAUCCAAAAUGUGCCUACAGGGUUAAUUAUAUUGGAUGAUAAUAAUAAUGUCAAACACACUAAUAGGGCAGUUACGAAACUGCUAGGAUUACCUGUUUUUACCCAUCUAAACCAACUGCGGAUAAUUAAUCAAGAUUUUCCUGAUAUGUUUAGAGAGUUAAAAGCUGGGGAUAAUAAUAAACAAAUUAAGAUUCUGAAUGAAAAGGAAGAAAAAGAAGUUAGCUUGAGUGUAUCCAGUAUUAAAAUAAAAUCGGGUACUUUAAGGAUCAUUACGCUUUAUUCUAUAGAUGAUGCGUUGGAAGCGAAAGAAAUGGAGUCGUGGGUUAAACUUAUCAGGGUAAUGACUCAUGAAAUAAUGAAUUCUAUAGCUCCGAUUACCUCAUUAACUGAUACGCUGCUAUAUUCUUAUAAACAGGAUUCAUCCGAUCCUCAAAUAUUAAAAGAUACGACUAUAGAAGCCUUGUCUAUUAUCAAUUCAACGGCUAUAGGAUUGACUUCUUUUGUAGAGUCUUAUCGACGGUUUUCGGGAGUCGCAAAGCCUUCACGUACUCCGAUUCGGCUUUUUACUUUUAUAAAUUCUCUACUCAUGCUCGAAGAUGCUGAGUUAAGGUCUAAAAAUAUUGAUGUUAUCCUAAAUUGCGAUUCCGAAGAUUUAAUGGUUUUUGCAGAUAGCUCCCAGCUGAGUCAGGUCAUUGUCAAUCUGUUGAAGAAUGCAAUUGAGGCUUUAAAUAAUACAGAGCAUCGGAAAAUAGAAAUAAGCAUUGUGAGUCGAGAAGAUAAGACUCAAAUCAAUAUUGCCAAUAAUGGUGAUCCUAUUCCACCAGAGGUUCUUGAAAAUAUAUUCAUCCCUUUCUUUACUACUAAAGAAAAUGGAUCGGGUAUUGGUCUAAGUGUUUCGCGAUACAUUAUGAGGCUACAUGGAGGGAAUCUUAAGCACUCUUUCGAAAACGGAUGGACAAUAUUUACGCUUAGUUUAUUGAAUGAUAAUUCCAACUUAGCCUCUUAA